AUGUCUGAUAGGCACAUUCUUCAAUUGAGCAUGAGUCUCAUGCCGAUUUAUGACAGUUCACGUACGAAACUAUUUUGCAUAGAGGUCAAGUUAAUCAUCGGAGGCCUCAACAGAGGCCUCCAGGGAGGUAGCCCAUUGGACGAAACUCAUUACUUUCAAAGGAUUGUUGGAGAUGUUGAAAAUACAUUUGGUAACAUUGAGGCAUAUGAUGACCUUGGGUCACUCACCAUCUCUGUCGAGUAUGAACUUUUCGAGAAUCCGUUUCUGGCGUGGAGGGCAGAUCGACCCAUACAAGGAGAUCUUAGGAUCCAAUAUGACGCUGUACCGUUUUUACAAGAUGUGGUUUCUUCUAGUCUCCAGGCCCAGAUCGAUGCGAGAAUUGAGAACGGAUUCAUAGGCAUCGCCUCAUCGUUCAUACCCAUUCCAGCUGUCGAAGGAUCUGCCGCGGUAGAUGUGACGAUUGAAUGGGAUCUCUCGUCAUCACCUAAAGAAUUCAGAUCACUGAGUAGUUUUGGAGAUGGAAACAUUUUCCAAAGAGCAACAUCCCUCAAAGAAUUUUCAGAAUGUGUCUUCAUGACAGGCAAAGUCAGCGGCUAUCUACCAACGCCUGCUCUCGAUGGAGAUGGAGCCAGAGGAGGGCUUCGUGGAAUCCAUUGGAUAGGUACACUACCGGACAAUCUCGAAGCUAUGAAAGAAUUUACUAGCAACAUGGUUCCUCAUCUUUGCGCUUUCUUCAAAGAUGAGAGCGCUACUCGCCAAAUAUACAUGCGUAAAGUUCCUAGAGGCCUUCGAGCAACUCAAGUAACAAGCGAGAUCCUCAUCGAUUAUGAUGACGACACUAAAGACGAGAAUGACUGGGAUUUAGUACGAUUAUUCAACUCCUCAUUGAUAGCUACAUGGGCCCAUCUAGAUCCUGAACACGAUGGCACACCAAACGAUUGGUUCACUCAAGGAAUAUCUCACAUUUACACAAUCUACCUCCCAUUCCGCUUCGGCCAACGUCCUCCAGACUACUUCCGCGCCACCCUCAACGGCUACCUCUCAUCAUAUUUCACAAACCCCUUUGUAUCUUACCCAAUGGACAAGAUUCCGCUUGAUUCAUGGUAUGGAAAGGCAGCCAUUGCAAUGCGCAGCUGCAUCUACAUGAUCCGCAUGGACUGCUUCACUCGUCGUGCUUCAGUCGCUCGCAACGCGGGUGUCCUUAGGCCAAUCGACGAAAUUGUAGCUGAUAUCAGCAGCCGGCGACGUCGUGGCGAAAAAGUUCAGAUGAAAGACUGGUUAAAGUAUUUGGGGGAUUGGAUUGGUGAAGAGGCUGCAGAGCAGCAUUUCCACGAAAUGAGAAGUGGUAAAAUCAUGGAUUUAGAGGAUAUGAAGACAGCCUUUGAUGGAAUUUACCCGGAUGAACAACGAGUGUUGGAUAUGGGGUUUGACCAGUCUAGUCUCGCAGAUGAAAUCGUGAGCGGAGUAGCCGAGCAUUCUGAGGCGGCGAAAGCUGGACUGAUGAAUGGAGACGAAAUUCUAUGGCACUCGAGGGCAGAAUAUUCUGGGACACACUACGAAGACAAAUUUCGCCUUGUCGUAGAUCGACAGGGGAAAACAAUCAACAUCGAGUUUUGGCCAAGGAGCAAUAGCGUGGUCAAAAGUUGGAUAUCCAAGAAGAAACAGACCUAG